AUGCCCGUCUCCACCAUGGCGGUGCUCGGCAUCACCUCCGCCUCGCUGUGCACCUCUCCGCGCCGCUUCUGCUCGAUCUCCGACGUGAUGCGCCGGGCGCGCCCCGCCGACGCGCCGCCGCCCCUCGCCCGCGCGCGCCACGUGAUGGCCCUCUGCGGGGCGUGCGGCGCCGGGGACCGCGACGAGGAGCUGCUCCUCUGCGACAUCUGCGACCGCGCCCGCCACACCUUCUGCCUCCGCCCCAUCCUCCCCGCCGUCCCGCUCGGCUCCUGGCUCUGCCCCGACUGCGCCCCGACCUCCAUCAUCCGUUUCCCGUUGAAGCAGAGCAAGAUCGUCGAUUUCUUCCGGAUCGAGAAGGGCGCGGAGGGCGGCGCCGUCCGGCCGGCAAAGUGCGGGCUUUCUCAGGAUGCUAAGAGGCGAAAGAGACGAUCUCUUGUUAUGCACAAGAAGAAGAGGAGGCUACUGCCAUUUGUGCCCACUGCAGAUAGAGUUCGAAGGCUUGAACAGAUGGCUUCUGCAGCCACUGCAUUGACAUCGUCGAAAAUGGAGUUCAGCAAUGAGCUGACUUAUGUGCCGAGUAUGGCCCCUAUAUCUGCCAAUCAAGCAAAACUGGAGGAAGGUGGUAUGCAGGUUCUUUCAAAAGAGGACAAGGAAACCAUUGAACUUUGCAGAAGCAUGUUGAAAAGAGGAGAAUGCCCUCCUCUUCUGGUGGUUUUUGAUUCCCAUGAGGGCUUCACUGUGCAGGCUGAUGCAUAUAUUAAAGAUCUCACAUUCUUAGCUGAAUACGCUGGUGAUGUUGAUUAUUUAAAGAACAGGGAAAAUGAUGGCUGUGAUAGUAUAAUGACCCUUCUAUCACCAGCGGAUCCUUCCCAGAAGCUUGUCAUCUGCCCCGACAAACGUGGAAACAUCGCCCGCUUUAUUAACGGCAUCAACAACCACACUCCUGAUGGAAAGAAAAAGCAGAACGUCAAGUGUGUGAGGUACGACAUCGACGGCGAGUGCCAUGUCUUGCUGGUCGCCUGCCGUGAUAUAGCUCGUGGUGAGAAGCUGUACUACGACUACAACGGGCAUGAGUAUGCGUACCCAACGCAUCAUUUCGUCUAACUCCCCCAAUAGUUCUGACCUGCCCAGCAUCAAGGAGUCUGGGCGAUUAAUGGCGGCAGUUUCAGCAUUGCCGCUGAAAUCCAGUAACUUAUAUACAGUUCAAUUGCCAGAAGAGGUCCCCGAUGGCGAACAAUAUACAUGCUGAUGUUGUUAGUAUCUAGUAGUGAAAACAGUCUUCAUUCAGCUGUGGAGAGAGACAAGUGGGAUCUUCAUUUUCUUUUUCUCCUGACCUCCCAAGAUGUCGUUGUCUUAUUCAUAUUCAUUGUUGUUGCGGAGUUCCUGCUUGACUAGAGUCUUUCUCGGGGAUUCAUGCCCCUUUCUAUAGGAGUAAAUAUCUAUCUGCCCCUGUCUCUCUCUGUCGAAUGGUUAAGUAGCUGUUGUGUCCCAAUUAGUGGUACAUUUGAAACUGGAAGAGAAAUGUUCACCCCAUUUGUUGGGGAAUUGUUCUCUAUGUUCAGUUAUUUCGGAUGAUGAAAUAUGCUUUCCCUGUUGGUGCUGUGGUUUU